ACGAGUUGCUCAUGCGACGCGAUAACAAACAGGCAGCUUCUUCUUACAGGUGAUUGGUAAGACGUGAGAGUUGCCGGUCUCUCUAAUAUUCUAAUAACAAUAAUACUGUUGAAAAGGACGAAGGAACUUUUCAUCAGAAAUGGAAGAUUUAUUGCAACAAAUUGCAAAGGAAUCCUCUGGAUCAAAAUUAUCUGCCUUACGAAAAUCGGCACAAGAAGCAUAUGAUUUUCUGGAGGCUCAGCAGGGAUUAUUAAGAGACCCAGCACAUGAUCUUCGAGCAAAAUGCCUCCAUACAUUCCAGUUGGCUCUGGAGACAAAACGAAGCAAAUUUGUGGCUUAUGGUUUGACUGGAUUACAUAAACUGUUGAGAGAUGAUAGAUUCCAUUCUAAUUUUGAGCCAGAGGAUGAUUCAUUGUGGCUUCCAUCACAAUUGCUGCAUGCAAUGAGUUCCAUCCUCUCACAGUCUGAUGACACACAGGUUGAUAUGCUUAAGGUGCUGCUGAAUGUUGCCUGCAGCAGCUACUCUCCAAUGAAUGGUCGUAUUAUAAUCCAGAUUCUUACAUUAUGCAGUGAAGCCCAUGAGACAGGCAAUCAAGCUAUUCGCACAGCUGCACAGGCCGCCGCUAGUCAGACACUGCGUUCUUUUUGCAAUUUUCUGGAAGAAGAAUCUCAGGAACUCGACCGCAGUUUGAAGAGGUGUGGUGAAGGAGAUGUCAGUUCUGGAGUAUCCUGUUUCAAUGAGGUUAUUCCAAUAUUGCAGUUUAUCUGUAGCAAAAUGGAUGAGGCUCAAGUAGUUGGUCGUUGUGGAAACAGUGUUGUCUUUCUACUUGAGUGCUUACACACACUUGUUUCAAGCUUGCCUCAGCAGAUACAUAAUAACAAGCAUUUUAGUACAUUUUUGUGGCAGAAAUUCUGUCCAGCAUUAAUUGCCUUCCUUGGGUCACCUCGUGUUGACAAAAACAUCAUAUCAAGGGAAAAAGGAGGCAUGAAUGAAACAGAAGUUGGCCGUGGUUCAGGUUGCCUAGCUACAGCUCCAAGUUUCAACAGUUCUGAAGCAAAGACUGUUUACAGUAUUGGCACACAGCUGGUGCGACUAGUUGGAUGUGUGGGCUCUAUGAGACCAGUUCUGGAAUCUGUUUUUCACCGUAUGUUGCUGUAUCCACCUCCACAGCACAGAUUGGAAGCUUUAAAAUCACUGAGAGAGCUGCUCCGCAGUCCAAGCCGUAUAGUAGAUUUCGCUGGCCCGAUUUUGGUGGAAGAUGAUAAAGGAUCUCAACAAAGUGAUAUGGCCCUUAUGAGACUGGUGAUGGACUCAAUUGAAGAAUGCAGUAGAUGCAGUGACUCGGCAGUAUCAAAUGUCAGUGUUUCGUGUGUUGUUGCUCUGCUUGGAUCAUUGGAGGAAUUAUGCACUGGAAAGGGGAUUACUCAUACUUACAUGGAUCGUAUAAACACACUCUACAUGGAACUACAUCAGUGUGAUUACAAAGGCCCUCUAACAUACCAGUCAAUGCUGCGUUUGCCUAAGCCAUAUCGUGAACGUAUUGAGAGGGAACAAGAGUAUCUAGCUACACAUGACAAGAGUCUUUGUAAAGCUAAUAAAUUACAUAAAUGUGAUGACCCACAAACUGCUGAAGAUGACAGUGACAGCAGUGGCAUUGGUGAACAGGGUGAUGACUCUCUGCCACGUCCACAUUCACAGUGUGGUAGCACUAGUUCAGGGGAAACAGAGGGUCCAGAAGAAGGUUACUGUCAUGACCAUUUGCAGAUUGAUGAAAUGGUUCUCGCAGCAGAGAGGGAAAGAGAACAGCAGGAGGCUCUGCGAUUGGAGAAACUUCCAAGGUCAUUGCAUCAUUCUGAUAUGCCAUUUCCCAGGGUUCGUGAGGAAUACACUGAUGUUGAAAGACAUAAUGCUCGUCAUUUUGCGCAAACAUUACAAUCCCUGCUACCAUCGCUUUUGGCACUACGUAGCUCAAUUGAAGUAGAUGAAGCAAUUCAGGAUUUCUCUUCAAAAUACUGCCGAGGUCUUUUUGCAGGCCAACACAUAUCUGCUCGUGAGACUACUUCUCCGCACAGCCUUGCUCUAAUAACAGUUGUAAAUGCAGAUGGAAUUUAUUUAGCUACAUAUGCUGCACUUUUAUUGAAUUUGAAGCUUAUCAAGCUUGGAUAUUACUUGCAGGAUACGAAACCUAUACCAAUGACAGAGGCUGAGUUCGUGGAAGGAGUACAUGGCAGUGGAGUACUGGUAUAUCUUUCUGACACCUGGCUUUCUGAGCUAUAUCAGCAUGUUCUGGCCCUAAACAUGCUUGAAAGGUCUGGUUACCGCCCAUCUUCUGGCAAUAAUUAUGCACUUAUUAACUUACUAACAGACUUAGAUGGUUUAGGCAGCACCCAGCAAGGUGGGCAACUGUUGUCAGAUUGCCAGCGUCUGGAAAGAGCAGCAUCACAUGGUGAAACAAGUCCAGAAGUUGAUGCAGGUCUAAAACUUUCUCGCCGUGUCCUCAGCUGUGUUUGGGACUCUAUGCUUGCUGUGCUGUCAGCUGCAUUAGGUGAAGAUGGAGUACCACUGGGUGUAACUUCAAGUCUAGCUCUUUUAUUGGGCUCAGAAGGAGCUCGGGAAGAGCACCGUCGAGCACGAGACAGUGUUAUCUCGAGCCUUGAAGGACUUCACAAGGCAGCAAGGCUCAGCAAUAUCUUAGGCCUUCAGAACCGAUGUGGAAGUGUAUUUGGACUUCUGGCAGAAGCAUCGUGCCCAACUGUGGUUGGGGAUAUAAGUGCAGGAACAACAGCACAGGCUGGACUCGGACAAGUGAGGCGUCAUUUACGGAGGCCACGUGAUGUUCUACGUCUUCUUCAGGGUUGGCCAGAGAAACUUCAUACAUCACAUGCUCUCAGUAUGGAUGUCCUUCUUGGUCGAGGACUUGAACUUGGGAGCCACAGCCCUGACUGUUGGCCACAUGUGUUCCGAUGCUGUUUAUAUGUAUGUCAAUUGGAACAUGGUUUCUUCAGUCAGUCAAAAAAUAGAAAUCUCAUCUCAAAACUUCCUGUGAAAGCAUCUAGCUCAAGUUCUUUGCAAUCAGAUAAAACAUCAGAUUAUUUGACAAUGGGUUUCAUUAUUCAGGAUGAAAAUGAAGAUGAUGAUGCGUGUGUUGAUGUGUAUAGUUUCCUAGCUGGACCUGCUUCAUCUGUGACUACUACAGAUAACAUCAUAGAGCUCAUUCAAGAGAGUAAUGCAGAUAUUACUUCACAUGGUGUCCUGAAUUAUCAAUAUGCAGCUAAAGUCAGUUGUAUUCUGUCGCAGCAAGUUGACAAGCUGUUUGAUGACGCAGCACUCAAGCUGAAUUUGAAGGCUCUUAGCAAUUUCUUAUUAGCUUUGUGCAGUGCUUCACAAAAACAGUUAUUUGCUCAACACUCAGGAAUUGUAAAAGAUAUGCCACUUUCGGGUAAGCUGUGGUGGCGUAAGACUCAGCCAUGCUCACCUUUAGAAAGUCAUCAUCAACUACUGCUUCACCGUGUUGGGGAUGUUACACUUAAAUGUAUUCGCAGUGGGAGACCUCUCAUACAUAUAAUGCAGGUGUGGUCCAUUGUUGGCCCACAUUUCAUGGAGGCUGCAUGUCAUAAGGAACGAGCCAUCUCCAAAAAAGCAGUUGCAUGCAUUCAUGAUGCUGUAAAUGCCCUCUUGAAUGAGCAGACAGAGCUACCGUAUUUUCAUUUUAAUGAAGCUCUCUUCAAACCUUUUGAAAAUCUACUAUGUCUUGAACUCUGUGAUGUAGAUGUUCAGGAUCAGAUUGUGAGCUGUAUUUGUGAAUUUGUGGAAGCAAACAGAACCGAAAUACGAUCUGGCUGGCGCCCCCUUUUUGGUGCUCUUAGGGUAGUCAAAUUACCAUUUUCACAGACUGCUGGAGAUAACAUAAACAGCCACCUUCGUGCUUUGCUUGAUGUGUUUGAAGUAUUUCUGCAAACUGAUAAUGCAUUGGUGUUCUCAAAUGCUGCAGUCGAUUGCAUACUUUGCCUACUGAAACAUGUACGAGGCCCAAGUGAAAUUGAAGAAAUUUCUGGUUACCCACCAGAUGAAUUCUCAGGUUCUCAUUUGAAUCCAUCUGUGGAACUUUGCCUGGCUGCACUAAGAUAUCUUGAGAGAUGUGCUGACAUUUUAGCGUCUAUGUACAAUAUGCCUGCAUGCCCAGUAUUUCACUCAGCUCACAGGAUUCAGUUAAACAACUCACCACAAGUUGUGGAUCCAUUAAUACCGAAUGUGGAAGUUACUCAAUUUGAAAUGGGUACAAGUGCUGCUGAGAGUAAUAUGGAUGGUGGUAUUUCAUACAGCUCACUUAGUAUCAGUGGUGAGAUGCUAUCACUGGAUGCUUUAGACAAACCUAGUGGUGUUUUACGAGUGUGGUUCAUACUAUUGGAAGGACUGGCAAGUGCUACAAUGACCUGCCCACGCCGUUAUCAACCUUAUGCCUUGGAUGUAUUGUUUCAGCUGCUAAGGGAGUUGCUCAGUAUGCCUGGUGCUGAAUUUGGACUGUACUCUAUUAACCAUUUAUUGCUCCCAAUGGUGCAGAAUUGGUUGAGGAAAACAGGGCGUAUUUACCGUGGAUGGGAUAAUUUUGCAGUCAAUUUCAAACAGUGCUGUGGAUUGGCAACGGAUCUUGUUGUGGAAUAUCUUACACAUUUGCAAGGAGGAACAAAGAACCAAGCUGAAAUACCAGCAGCCACUUUAAUGCUAAAGCAGCUGCUCCUAGUAAUGGUGGAAUGUGUGGUGCAGCCUACAGAAAGCAUUGCUCGACUUGGUUGUGCUUGUAUCAGACAUGUUGUGCUGAGUGCAGGGCCAGUGAUGACUCCAUCACAGUGGCAAGUGGCAACUGUUGCACUGCAUCGUGCCUGUUCUGUGUCAUUACACUCACUGCAGCAGCUGAUGGUUGCAUUCCGACCAGGAUCUCAUUGUUUUUAUGGAGAUGUUGGGCAGGUCAAAGUGGCUGCUCGAAGAGAUUGUACAGUUCGAGAAUGUGAAAGGCUGAAACAGCUCGCACAACAGGUGUUCUUGUUGGAAGGUCAACGUGAUCUUCAACAAACAGGAUAUCAACCAAGCAGUCCCCAGUCACAGUCUGAAUAUAUGUCUACCAAUGUGUCUGAUAACGGGGAAGAACGCAGUUACAUCUUCCUUCUGUAUCCCCCAGAUGUAGGCCACACUUUGAAUCCAGAUCUGUACAUUGUGCGUGUACCAUUUCGGAAUCUGGUUGUUGGACUUCUGGCACAUCAAAUGCUUCUGCAGACUGUUGGCACCAUUUUAUUGGAAGGGACAACUCAUAUCAUACCCAGUUUGGCCAAUGUUUUACUGCACAGCCCUGCAGCUAAACUUACUGAUGACAGGGAUCAAGCAAAGUCACAGAAUGAGCAACAAAAAUUAUCAGGUCUUAUGAAGUACAUGCUGCCAGCUCACAUUCAAACACUUCUGUUGUGUUUGGAUGUUUCAUAUGACAGGGCAAUACAGUUUGAUUCACGGCCUGGAUUAAAAUUUCUGGUUCAGAAAGUAGCUAACCUUGAACGAGCUGCCAAUCUUUAUAGGCAAGCAGGUGCAGCAUGGACAUUGAAAGUAGUAACUUUGUUUGAUUUGUGCUUACAUGAAGUGUGGAAGAGUGGAGUUACUCUAGAAAAGGUCAAGUUAAUUCUGGAAGAUGAAAGGAACAGCAACACUAAAUCAACAGAAGGAAUUAUGCAGAAGCCAGGAGCAGAAACGAAUUAUGACUAUGGCGAUAUGUCAGUUUUCUUGAAAAGGUUACGUCAAAGUUUUGAUCAACUCUGUGAGACAUAUGUUGAUGUUGUUCUUGACAAAGAUGGACAGCAUUCAGCUGUUGAUCAGAUUUCUGAUCAGCCAAUAUUUUUUCUUAUAGCACAUCCAGAUGAUUUUCCUGAAAUAAAGAGGAAGGAAUCUCUGAGUAAGAAUAUGACAACAAAUUAUGAAGAGAAGGAUGCUAUCUCUUUCCAGGCAAAGACAGAAGGUUCGUCCUGUGUAAGAACAGAAGAUAAAAGUAUUAAUAAAGAUUUAGAACAUGAUACUUCAGAGGCUGCUGAUGAUGAGUUUUCAGCUACAGAUGAGCCCGAUCAAAACAUUCAUAACACAGAUCAAGUUGCAGUCUCAGAAGAAACUGUGUGCAAGGAAAUAUCAGUUGAAAGUGAACAGCAUGUGAGCAUAAGUAAACCUUUUGCUCUAGCUGAUUUUGCUCGUCGCUACUCCUCGUCAAGUGAUAGUGAUACUGAAGUGAGGCUUGAUACUAAUGUCCUGUGUGAUGGACUUUCAGCUAAUCAUGAGGUUGUGAAUGAUUCAGUAUAUGAAGUUGCAACAGAGAAAGAUAUAGAGGGAUUGAUGGGGGAGUACAAAAAACAUAAACAAGCGCACACCAUGCCUACUUCAUAUACAGACAAGCGUAAAAAUCCAUUCCUUACACAAGGGCAGGUUGACACUGCAUUUGAGCCACCACCACCCAGUGAGCCGGUGCCACUUGAGAUAGAACGCCAGCGCCAAAGCAGCCUCUUCAGGGAUAGUGAAGCUCACCGAAAAGUCUGGGCAGAAAUGCUGGGCUCUGUGUUUGAUCUCUUGGCGCAGUUAGAUGAUAACCAUUUUCGCACAUUGUUACCUGUGCUGUUCCAUGGUGUACGCCAGCUCACAGCACAUGCUACAGACACUACACUGAAACAAGCUGUUGCUGAAUUUUUCUAUCGAGUUGCUGUGCUAUAUGGAUUCAGUCCAGAAUAAGCUGCAUUCUGUUCGUUGUUGAUAUAUUUUAUGCUGUUGUUGUCUGGUGAAAAGUUAGCUUCUUUGAUUUACUGUGUUCCUACAAUAUUAAUGUUACAUGUAUGUCUAUAAAGGUGUAAACAAAUAAGCAGAGAAAACGGGACCAUAGAGAUCACACUGAAUGAUGAAUCAAAUGUGACAAGUCAUUACCAAAAAAGUUUCUUCAUGGUCCAUUAAAUUAUUCUGGCUGGCAGCCAUAUAAUAUUGUAGAUGUGAACCAAUGUGUCAGUCAUUAUUAAAGUGACCUUUCAUCAGGGCACGUAAUAUUGCAUAUUCUGAUGAUGAUGGUUUUAAUAAUGGUUGAAACAUUUUGAAAUAUGAUGCAGUCAACAGACAGAGUAAUUUUAUGGAUCAUAACACCAGACUCAAAAGCUAUUAACAUUUUUCCAGUUGAGUACAGAGUUCAAUGACAUGGGAAUUAUCAUUACUUAAGAGUGACAGAAAUGGAAAUAGUAUGACUCAUUCAGCAAGAUUACAAGAGCAGUACUGCUGCACUUCGCAAGAGCUAUUGCUAACAUAUUUGUGGGAAACGAGCAGUUUCUGUUUCACCUUUUUUGUAUUUGUUAGAUGCCCUAAACUUUAGUGUAUUAGCAUUGUUAAGUUGAAACAUUUUAGAAAUGUAUAAACUUGAGUUCUUAAACUAUCAUAAUAAUGAAAUUCAUGUCACAUUUUAUGAUUGUACAUUAUUGACUCUUGAGUAUCAACAUGUUAAAGGAACACACAUGUUAGUAAGAGUGUGUAUAUGGUCUUCUCGUACAUGUUGUAUGACAGACAUGCCUGAAAACUUAGUCCACUUCUCUCCAUUAAUAUAGUUUAAGAAGUUGGGCAGUGCACUUCCCUUAAUUAAUAUAGUUUAAGAAUUUGGGCACAUCACAAGAUUAAGGUGUUACUUUAUUGCAAUUUUAGUAAAUGAGAAGUGAAGAAUGGCCAAAUUCAGGAUUUUUGUGAUUCUUUUUCAUUAGUCAACUCACAGAAAGGAACUGUUUGUGGGACGAUUUCUGUGAAGUGAUUCCAUUUUGCUCUUCCCGAGAGAUUAAAUCUCUUUUACAAUAUCACAGGUUUUCUCUGCUUGACAGUACAUCAAGCUUUGAUAAAACUGUUUCACUGUCAGUCUGUUUAGUAUGUAUGAGAGGGCUACCUAGUUAGUAGAGCAUUGUUGCCAAAGUUCUACAUUGAAAGACCAGUCCGCUACAUGAUAUUAAUCUGUCAGGAAGACCACUGUCAGUAAGCUUCCUGUGAGUCUGUUUCAAUCUACUAUUUCUAUUUCAUGAAGCACUGUGACAUCUGUGAUUAAAUUUUAGGGUACUUUCAUGUAAUAACAAAUUACUUUCACGUUGCAUUUUAUGAUUUUGAUGGAAAUUCCGGGACCACUUAAGAUGACUCUAUCAGCAUUAGAGUUUAUCGUAUAGAGUGCAGCCCAUAUAUUUAAAAUGGAAGACUAAAAAUGAAACCAUAAUGUGAGGUUUAUUCCAUCUGUCCAGCUGAUAUAUCCGUGGCUGUUACCUUCCCUGACUUAUACUACUGAUUGCUACAUAAUUGCAUUCAGGAAUUACUUCAUACAAGAACACUCCUUGAGAAGCUAUAUCGAAAAAGUGUAACAGCUUCAUAACUUUUGUGAAGAAGGUAAAACCAAGGUUCAUUCCACCACUUAUUUUAAAAUCAGUGAGCCAUUUGAUUUACACUGCCAUUGCACAGUAACUGAUACUGAUGUAUGCAACAGUGAAUACAUAAUAUUGCUGGACUAAAUGUUGUUAUAAAUCUUUACUGGAAGGUAAUCCCGUAAUUUUUCAGUAAAUUUCAAAUCCUCACAUUAUACUCCCAAAUUCUCAUAAGUAAAACACCCAUUCCAAUAGCGUUGUUUCCAUUGGUCAUUUGUAUGUUUUAUAACUGAUCUUAAUAAAUUUUAUUUGAAAUGUGUAAAGAAUAAAUUAAUUUGCUGGUACUCGACGUUGAUGAAGUUCAAAUUCUUUCCCACAGUAAAGCUUCUGACAUUAUAAAAUUUACCUUAUAAAUCUACACUAUGGAUGUAAUGAUAGCAAUUAUUUUUAAUACAUGCUGUUUAAAAUAUUAUUGGGAAGUUGAUACUUAAAACAACAUGAUUAUACAUUAUUGACUCUUGAGUAUCAAUAUGUUAAAGGAACACAUCUGUCAGUAAGAAUGUGUGAUUUAUAAAAUAGGCAGCUACCAGUUCCCAAAUCAGUUUCCGACAAAUAUAAACAUCUGAUAUAUCAUGUAUCUAUUUCAGGAAAUAGUUUCUUAUUUGAAUUGUGAAACAUAUAUAGAGUUGCAGUGCAUGAAAUUGUGUGUGUAGCAGCAUAAAUUGUCCUUAGAUCAGGGAUCUUGCACUUAUGUCUCCUUUUUGUUGUAUGUUUGAAUAUUUUAAUACCUUUCAAAUAAUUUCAUGUUGAAUAAUUUUUGAAUUGUAAAUACUUUGUUUGUGUAGAGAGUAAGAUGAUCAGUGGUUGUGGAUUGUUACAAUGAAGCACUAAUAACUGAAGACUGUAUAACAUUAGAGCUUUGAAAUAUGUAAGGGUUUUUCACACUCUACACUAACGAAUAUUAUGUGAAAAAAUUGAAAAAUAAUUUGACAAUGAGAGAAGACACGCAGUUAAAAAUUGGGAAACCCAAAGAGCCUUCUCAUUAAAAGAGCAAGAAGGUGAUCUAUACUGUACUUAACAUGUUGCUGUUGGUCCCAUUAUUUAUUUUAUUAGUCAGAUUUAUAAAGGUUUUGUGGACUUUUUAAAUAAAAGAAAUAGCCCCUGUAAUAUUCAGCUUGGAAUUUUGAGACAUGUAAUUUUGAAAAAUAUUGUUGAUGCAUUUAUACAUAAUGCAUAAAUUCUGUUGCACAUUGUACUUCAGAAGUGUUAUGUCUAUGAUUUAUAACAGUGUCCUUAAUUCUUUUUACAAAAUCCUAUGAUCUUGAAGAAAUUAAGGUUAGAAAUGCUGCUAUGCAUUUCUUCAUUCUUGGCUAACUGAGUGAAGAAGGUUUCAGGUAAAACAUUAAUUGUGUGUGAUACGGAUGUCUUGUGUCAUGGAUGUGCCAGAAUAUAAUAGUAACUGUGUUAAUGUAAUUGUAGAUGAACUUGUUUCUGAUUUUUCUGUUGCUAUAAAUACAGUUCAAGUUAAUUACAGUCACAGAGGGGUUUGAAACUGUUUUGAUGUUACAAUAAUUGAUAUACUUACUGUAAUGUUUUUUUCUUCAUAUACACAACAGCCAACUUGUAAGAAAAAUUAAUUUUUCUGGAGUAAGAAAGCUGUCAUUUAAAUUAUUGUCAUAUUCUGUUACAAGUGAUAAAAAUCCUCUUUCAAUCUUUAACUCAGUUUAAUUGUUUGUAACUAUGUAAAAAGAUGUAACUUUGGAGCUUUAUGUUUCAUGAUUUCUUUUACUUACAAUUAUUUUUUUGUGGUCUACAAUUAAAAUGUACCAUCAAUCUAGUCAAUAAUCAUCAAAGAUAAGU